AUGACAACACUUCAUGAGUCCAUAAUACCCACCAAGCGAGUAAGGAGGAUAACAGUCCUCAUCUCCGGAUCCGGAUCCAAUCUCCAGGCUCUACUCGAUUCCGCACUCACUCCCUCACUACCCAACGCCCAGAUAACCCACGUCAUCUCCUCCCGAUCAAACGCCUACGGACUCACUCGUGCCAAGACCCACAUCCCUCCAAUACCCACAGGGGUGUGCGCUUUGAAAACAUUCCAAAAUCGUAAUCCUGGUUCAUCAAGGGAGGAUUACGAUUGUGAGAUCGCACGUCAAAUCAUAGAAUCGAAACCUGAUCUGGUGGUACUGGCAGGAUGGAUGCAUAUCCUUUCUGACAAGUUUUUGAGAAUAUUAAAUGGUGAAAUUCCACCUCCACCUCCUCCGGCUUUACCACCUCCAAAGGUCGAUAGUUUACCCAGUCAGACGGAAGCUAUACCAUCUUUGAAGGAUCUGUCACUGGAUGAGAAGCCGACUGAGGAUACUACCAAGACGGAGAAAGAGGAGGAGCAAGAAAAGACAUCAGAAGAUGCAAAGACGAAAGUAGAGAAGAAAGAUAAAGUACAAGAAUUACCUUCACCACCUCAUACCCAAUCAUUUCCUAUACCGAUUAUCAACCUCCAUCCAGCUUUACCCGGUGCUUUCGAUGGUGCCAACGCGAUAGGAAGAGCGUACGAUGCGUUCCAGAACGGAGAAAUUGAAAAUACAGGUGUGAUGGUUCAUAGAGUUGUAGCGGAGGUGGACAGGGGUGAACCUCUGAUUGUGAGAAAAGUGGAAAUUAAAAAGGAAGAUAAGUUGGAGGAUGUAGAGAAGAGGAUACAUGAGGUCGAACAUCAGAUCAUCGUAGAAGGUGCUAAGAUGGUAUUAGAAGAAUUGGACAAAGAAGGUCGACCGUGA